AUGCCUUCCAUCGUUGCCAACGACGCGCCGACCAUUGCGAUUCCACGCGGAAAUACAUCUGCUCCUACAACCUCGAUGAAACCACCGCAGAAGCGCAUUCGUCUUCACGACGAGGCCUACGGAUCGAUCCUCGAGCGUCGGAUGGAAGAUCUCGAAACCUCCCUCGAAGUCGACUACCUGAUCCUCGACUACCUCCUUCACCAGGCGAUACAGACUUGCCUCAAGUACCCAAACACACCAACGCAACAGGAGGCCUCGGCUGUCGAGAGAUGUCUGGUACAAGUCGAUGAGUUUCUGGCCCUGUUCAAGAUGCGAUAUGCAGACUGCAAGUUUGACCCCGAGAUGCGCUACCGUCUACUACUCUGCCAGGUCGUCCCUCUCUUCACGCAACGCCUGACCCGCAACUCGAGCACGCCGAGCAAGCAACGAUUAGACAGCAUGCGCGAGUCGAAUGGUGCUCGAGCGCGGCGUUGGAUUGGAGAUGCUUCGCGGCUUCCUACUGCAGCCUACGACACGAGCUCCUUCGACAGUGGCCUACCCAUUGAGCUACAUGAAGUCGAGCAAAACCGCGCUCGGGUGCUGUCCUCGAGCGGCGUAGCGCAGGAGGACGACGCCUACGACGACGCGUUCUAUGGUACCAGCGCCUGUCUGUCGCUCCUCGACUUGAUCCCGCUCUUCAUGGAGGUUACCGCCGCUUGCAACAACAUGCUGGACAUCGCUUGUGGCCCAUCGCGGGGCUUGAUGGAACUCAUCGCGAAUCUGAUGUUGCAAGCAUGCCUCGAGCAAUACCUUAUCUUCGGCGCCAGUGGAUCCGACGCGAUGGAUGAGGCAUUUGCGUGGGGAUACAAGAGCACGGAUGGCGAAGAGGAAGAGCAGGAUGGUGAGUUGAAGGAGCUGUUCAGAGGCUCUGAAGAGGAAGAGGAGGAGGUACAAGGCUGGAAGGAGACGCGCGAGAGAGCUCUGCAGCAGCUCCUUGGCGGGGACGACGACACGCCGCAACGCUUGUCGAGGCUGGCGUCGGCGCAUCCCCUCGCAGAGACUCUGCACACGGUAACGGACUACCUGGAGAGCCUGGCUGCCGUCACUCCUCGACCGGUGCUUGCACAGCUCGAGGGCGGCAAAAUGGAUGGGAUGUCGGAAGCAGAGACACGGGAAUUCCUGCGAGACUGUGGACUGGAUGUUGCAGAUUUCUACGCUUGA